AUGAAGGCAUUACCUAAUUAUACGUCAUCGGAGUUACCUUCUCUUAUACAAAAGUGUCACUUUAGCAAUGAAACCUGUCUGAUUGACAGCUUUAAUAGCUACAUACGGAUCUUCGCCAGAGGUAUUCCUCACCUGGGUUUUCGGCCCUUUGAUAAAUUUCCCCUUCCCGAUAUUCCCGUGUACAAUUGCUCCCAUGAUCGUCCCAUUUGGAUGUCCUUCAUCCUAAGGAAUACCGUGUUUAAAGGCCUGGAGAAUGCCACGGUCUAUGAAGUCAAGGGAUUCGACAAAGACCCCACAAAGAAGAUGAUUAGGCUCAAGUACCGAAUACCACGGAUCGAAGUCGACGGCUCCUUCGACUAUCAGACCAAAAUAAUAUUCUUCAAGGCCAAUGGUACUGGCUCCAUAAAGUUUGAUCUGCAAAAUGCCCGCUUCACCACCAUAUUCAAGGUGUACAUUGAGUUUCGUAAGGAGAAACGUCACCUGAAGCUGUAUAGCUAUGAGUCUCAGCUGGAGCUGGACCGCAUGAUCCUCGUGGUGGAUAACCUCUUUGCCGAUAACUCUGAUCUGACAAUUGCCAUAAACAAAGUGCUCAACACUCACUGGCUAGAAUUCUGGAACGAACUGGAGCCCAACUUUAUGCCAACUCUUAGUAGAAUGGGUGUAAAUAGAACCCAGCGAUUCUUUGAUCACUUUUCCUAUGACGAUAUAUUUCUGAAAGACAAUGAACAAUAA